AUGCUAGGUGGCAUCUCAUUGGCCACCCUGCCCUCAUGUAUUUCUCCACAUCAGGAUAUAGACAUAGGUAGAGAUUCGUCGAGCCACGCUGAAUCGCUCAGACAGUCUCUGCCGACAUCUACUAUAUUCUGUACUACUGAACUUAGAGAUACAUAUAACCAGGAUUUUGACGACUUCUCGCUUAUAUACGAAGCAAAGUCCUUCCUACAACAGGACCAGAUUUCUGAUAAGGCCAAGAUAGAUCGCUUCAUUGACCUCUUCAAUUCUUCCUCUACUAUCCAAAAUUCACUGAAAGAUGGAUAUAUCACUUUACAAGAUAUAGUAUCGUCUAUUUCGCCAAGUAAUUACAGUUACCUUUUCUACUUUCUCGUAUCAAGCGGAUAUCAAUUUCAGGAUUCUCAUACAGACAAGGCUAUUCAAUUGCGAGUUCUUCAGAGUUUAGCCAACGGUAAUGACACUGAUUACCAUUUAUUUAUUACAUGUCUAGCUGGGGACAAUAUUUCAGCGACUAAGAAAGUAUUCCAGAGCCAAUAUGGUCACGCUAUGUGUGAAUAUAUGAUAAGGCGUUUGGUGGAUAAGGACUACCAUGAAGAGACCAUCAAGUUUCUUCAGUACUACUUGGAGAGACUUAAAUUAGAGUGGGGGAUUUCGGACAGCAUUGCCAUAGAUGAUCUUGCUGAAAACAGCCACUUUACGGGAUUUUUCAGUCUUUUGAACAACUUUAGAUUGCACAGAAAUAAGAUGCCUUUGCUACACAAAUCUCUAAUGAAUACCACGAUCUUACAGUUACUCAAAAAAACACUUCUAUUGCAUAAAACUUUGGAACCAUCUUACCUUGAGGAUUAUUUGAAGGUGCUUUAUAGAUAUCUUGAAUGGAAUCCUCGUCCUUCUAGGUUUGUCAUCAAGAUGGCCAAUUACUAUUUUCUCAGCUUUCUUUCGAGAAUGGCCGAUGUCAACUGUGCAGUCUUGGUCAGUUAUUUGGUCUCGCUAUUUCCAAAUUCUAGAGAGCUUCUAACAUCUACGGGACUGUUGAAUAUGCUAUUCAACGGUAGCGUGAAAACGGAGUUUGAUCCUGAUCAUGAGUUUCUACAUCCGCAGAUUCGGGAAGAACUCGUACUCACUAAUGAGUAUCCUACUCUUGAAACUCUCAAUCUCAUAUAUGCCAAGUAUCUAUUUGAAAACACUCCUUCCAAGAUUCAGACGAGAUUUCUUUUUGAUGGGUACAUCAACUCUAUUAUAGAGGUUCAGCGGUCUCAAAAAUCGCAUCUGCAUCCUUUCUCAUCCAACUGCCACAACUCUAUUGUUUUGGAGACAUUUCUAAGGUAUUCACUCUACAAUUUGAAGAAACCAAGGUUUGCCUGCAAUUUACUUAUCAAGUACUUGGAUUCUGUUCAUUCUUGCAAAUAUCACACUCAUGCCUUGUCGAGAUUACUAGCAGAGCUUGCAUCAAAGGACAUUUCAGAAACUUGCCAGUUGGUGAAUACCUUGAAGAGGAAAUGCAAAUUGGAAACUCCAGUUUUUGUCGCCAUUAUUGACAACUUGAUCCGCAUCAACGAGCUCGAAAGUGCCAGGGAAUAUUAUGACUACCUUUGCAGUAACAGUAGGCUGGUUGUCAAUUUGAAAAAGGGUGAUGCUGACCGGUUUUAUCAGGAGUAUGGGUGGCCUAUUCCGAAAAGUCAUGCUAGGAAGAGUACUGAAAUGUUGCCUGUCUGGCUCUCAUGUGAGGAGACAUUCGAUGUCACCAAAGUCAUCGAGUUCCUUGAAACGUAUAAGCCCUAA